AAAAAAGAAAGAAAAAGAGAAUAAAAAAAAUGUGUCAAAAGAUGACGUGGAAGAUAUGUGUGUGCUGGUGGAGAAAGUGGGUGUGCAAAAGCAAUCGGUUUUGGAGAGGGGCAAGGGAGAGAAGAACAAGGUUGUUAGGGAAGAUUUUUCGGAUUGUGGGGGAGAAGAGGCAGAAGAGUGUGAGAGGAGAUUUGAUUUUGCAGAGGAUUUUUUUCGGAGAUUAAGAAGGAUUUUUUUGGAGAAACAGAGAGGGCAGAGCUAGAGGAGAAUCAGGUGAAAAGGCAUUGUUAAAGACUCGUCGGUAGCCAAUCGCACAGUAACUCGACGGAGUUCUAAAGAUAAUGUUCAGAAAACAAGAGGUCCAAAAUACUGGAAGCCAGCGCAACCAAAAUUCUGGUCUUGAAGAGCCUCCUCUCUCCCUUGUUUCCCUUCAUUGUUUUCCAACCCAUGCAAUGCAAAUACAUGCUUCCCCUGUCAUGAAAAGAUGAUUGCCCUCAAAUUCAUUCAUCCUUCCACUCCUACCAAUAUCAAGUAUAACAUCCACAGCAGCAGAACCCUCAACACAAAAGGUUAUAGUAUGUGUCUCUGCAAGUCCAAUGAAUCUGAUUCUCAAGCUCCCCAACCAGGAGAUAUACGUAAGCAAGAACUGCUAGCACAAAUUGCCAUUCUUCAAACUCAAAAAGUCCGACUCACAAAUUAUCUAGACGAGAGAUCUGCAUAUUUAGCCAAGUUUGGUGAAGAAGCCAAGGCUGAGUUUGACAAGAUUGGAGAAGAUGCCCUCCAAGAAUUAGAUGAAGCUAGUGCCAGAAUAACAGCAAACAUAGAGAGCCAGAAGGUAGAGUUUGAGGAAUCUGCAGAACUCUUCAGACAAGAGAUUGAAGAGCGCGAAAAGGAACUGCAUGAGUUUGAAGUUCAAAUGGAGGAUGGAAGAAACGAAGGGCUAUUCUUUAAGAACCUUAGAAAGAAAGCACCUGUUGACAUAGCAAAAGCUAAAGAGGAGGCGGAAAAAAUAAAAAAUGUAACCAGAGAAAAAGCUGGUAGCAGAACAAGAAAAGGCAUUUACCUCUUCUUUAUUGGCCUUCUUACCUUUGCAAUAGUUGAUUCUAUUGCCUCACCAUCAACUGAUUGGAGGAAGGAAGCAGUUCUUGGAGCUAUUGUUCUGGCUUUAGUUUCUCAGCUCAUCUAUGAACAGUCGAUGUCAUCAGAAACUGGAAAAACAAGAAAGGCCAAUACAGAAGAGAAAAAGAACUGAAGUUCAAUUUUUUACUGAGUAGACUGCGAGUUUCUGGGAAAGACAAUUAUUAAAGGAUAUUGCAUGAGCAAUAAACCCAGGUGGAAGCUUAUAACUUGGGCCUGAUAACAUCAUGCAGCUUUGCUUUGGCAUCAACAACAACAGAUAUUGGUUAUAUAACUACAAUCACCAAAAUCUGGGUAACUGGGUUACCGUGCGAUGCUUUUCUUUCAUAUCCUUUGUUAAAACAGAAAAACAUACUUUUAUCAUCAUCCUAGCUUUUAGAAAUGUACAUUUGGAAGCUAACUAUCUCUGUAUCUCCUAUCAUAUAAACAAUUAACGAGAACUAAUGACUACAAAA